GAGCUUAGCAGCAUUCCAUAUAACUUCAUUCUUUAUUCCCACACUUGUCUCCACUCCUCCACAGGGACCAUAGCCACACCGACCGUCUAUCCAUCAGCAAAAUCCCUCUUUAACUCACCCAGCCCUCUCUCCUCUCACUACCAAUACAAGAAAUCAGCAAAAAAACCUAACAGGGAAAGAGACGAUGAAGGGACCUAAUAAUCUUAUUGGAGCCGUAAAUUUCAUAACUUUCCUGGCCUCGAUUCCGAUUCUGGGUGGCGGGAUUUGGCUGAGCAGUCGUGCUAACAGCACUGAGUGCCUUCGUUUUCUCCAGUGGCCGAUCAUCAUCAUCGGAAUCACCAUCAUGGUGAUCUCUCUAAUGGGAUUCGUCGGCGCUUGCUAUCGCCAGACUUGGCUACUCCAGCUUUACCUCGUCGUUAUGUUCAUUGUCCUAGUUGCCCUAAUCGGCUUCAUAGUCUUCGCGUUCGCAGUCACUGAUCAAGGUCACGGUCAGGUGAUUAUCAACCGGGCUUUUUUAGAGUACCAGCUCUCGGAUUACUCUGGGUGGCUUAAGAACCGGGUGAGUGAUCCUAAGUACUGGUCGAAGAUUAGUUCUUGCCUUCGAGAUUCACAUGUUUGCUCUGGAAUGCGCCGAAAUGUUCGAGAUACAGCGACGGGGGCGAUUUUUCCUGAGCCCGCUUCUAUGUUCUAUCAGCGCCAUCUUUCCCCGAUUGAGUCUGGUUGUUGCAAACCACCUACAUCUUGUGAGUAUAACUAUGUGAAUGAGACGGUGUGGAACCCUGGCACUGGGAUGGUGGUGAAUGACAUCGAUUGUACUCGAUGGAGCAAUGACCAGCAACGGCUGUGCUACCAGUGUGACUCGUGCAAGGCUGGUCUCUUAGCAACCCUGAAACACAGUUGGAGGAAGGUCUCAAUAAUCAACAUUGUGAUCCUUAUUAUCCUUGUGUUUGUGUAUGUUGUUGCAUGUGCUGCAUUCAGGAACAACAAGCGGAUGGACAAUGAUGAGGCUUAUGGAGAGGCAAGGAUGACGAAGGCCAGGCCGAGCAGGUUCCAGUUUUAGCUGAAAUAUGUUUCUUUUUUAUAAUAGUGUUGUGUAAAUGUGAAGAUGGUGAAGAAUCCUUGUCUUUCCAACUAGAUUUUGUUUAUGGUUUUUUUCCAUAGGCCGAAACGUAGUCGAGGAGGAAUGUGUUUAAAUAAAUUCCUUUUUAGCGUGCUUUAUGCAGUUUCUGUUGUACUUUAUUUUCAUGUAGCAGUAUUCAUCUGAUAAUAGGAAACAUCGCUUCUGUUUGUACUGAUGGAGUUACUGCGAAGUGGCAAAUUUCUUUUAUGUUCUUUA